GCUGCUCUUCUUCCUCGUCCCCUCCCCUGUCGCCUAUUAAUUUCGCCCUUCCCAUCCCCAAAUUCGUCGCUCCCUCCAUCCUCGCAGUUCGUCUCGCCUCGUCAUCGGCGGCCUCACCGCCGGCGACGGCACGCGCCAAGCUGGGCCGGCCUCCUCCUGCUCUAGUCUUCUCUUCGUCGACCCCCAAACCCUGCUUGUGCUCCACUGGCCGCGGGGCCGAGAUCCAGCCUGGCUUGGACUGAUUUCUUCUUUCGUCGGUUCUUAUUCAGCGUGAAAGAUCGAUCUCAGUUGGCCCCUGACGUCUAUAAAUCUCUGUUGACACAAAAGGACCUGGUAACCGAGGUGCGGGUGUAGUUUAUUAUCCAAAAGAGAGAGAGAGAGGAAACUAUGGCCCCACGUUAAGCCCCCCCCCCCCCCCCCGGGAUUAAGCAGAGCAAUUUCUGUUAGGGAUAAAACUCUGGAGCUCCUGGGCUGCAUCAUCAUUUCUGCAGGGCCACAUAGAUAAUUUCAAAGAAAGGCACCCUGCUAGUCUUCCGAUUGUUUCCUCACAAUGAAAACACAUGAGCGAGCUGCCAAUUUGGCUCUUGCAGGUCUGAGCUUGGCACCACUUUUGGUUAAAGUAAACCCAAACCUGAAUGUGAUAUUGACAGCAUGUCUUACUGUCUAUGUGGGUUGUUACCGUUCUGUCAAGCCGACUCCACCCUCUGAGACAAUGUCCAAGGAGCAUGCUAUGCGAUUCCCUUUAGUGGGGAGUGCUAUGCUUUUGUCGCUGUUCCUUCUGUUCAAGUUUCUCUCGAAAGACUUGGUCAAUGCUGUGCUCACUGCGUACUUUUUCAUUCUUGGGAUUGUCGCUCUCUCUGCAACAUUGAUUCCUUCUAUAAAACGUUUUCUUCCAAAAGAAUGGAAUGAUAAUGUCAUCAUUUGGCGGGCUCCAUAUUUCCACUCGCUCUCGGUGGAGUUCACCAAGUCCCAGAUUGUUGCUUCAAUCCCAGGAUUUUUCUUUUGCAUGUGGUAUGCUGCUAAGAAGCAUUGGCUAGCAAACAAUGUUUUGGGAAUUGCUUUUUGUAUUCAGGGAAUCGAGAUGCUAUCUUUGGGAUCAUUUAAAACUGGUGCUAUUCUCUUGGCUGGACUUUUUGUGUAUGACAUUUUCUGGGUAUUCUUCACUCCAGUUAUGGUCAGUGUGGCUAAAUCUUUUGAUGCUCCGAUAAAGCUUCUGUUUCCAACUUCAGAUGCCGCACGUCCAUUCUCUAUGCUUGGCCUUGGUGACAUUGUAAUACCUGGUAUAUUCGUUGCACUUGCCCUGCGUUUUGAUGUUUCAAGAGGCAUCAAGAACCGUUACUUCAACAGUGCAUUUUUAGGAUACACUCUGGGUUUGACCGUGACCAUCAUUGUAAUGAACUGGUUUCAAGCUGCACAGCCUGCUCUGUUAUACAUUGUUCCUGGUGUGGUUGGUUUUGUUGCUGUUCACUGUUUGUGGAAUGGAGAAGUAAAACAGCUACUGGAGUUUGACGAGUCCAAAGCUGAAGCUGAAGAAGGUGGUGAGGACGAAGAUGAUGACAGUACCAAACAAAACAAAAAGGAGGACUAGCAUCAUCUUUAGGAGAAAAAAAGAUGGCGGAAAUUUCAUAGUAGGUCGAUGCAGCUAAAUAAGCUGCAUGAUCUUGAUACUUGCUCGCUUAAAAGAACUUAGGAACGAUUCACAUGCUAGAACUUUUUUGGUUCGAGAAUUAUUUAGUCUGGUGAGUAGAAGAGGGAAUAGAUGCUGAGCGACUUGCGAUACGAUCCAUUUAUCUCACUUUUCCUGUCACCUAAUGCUGUUUCCCCACUGAAUCAUUUUGGUGGCUUAAGAAUCUAUCAGAAUUCUGGUUUAUUAGUAGCAUCAUACCAUGAUA